AUGUCCCUCCCAAUUCCCUCCUGGCAUCCUCCGCGGAUACGCCGUGGGCUGCUGCAACUCGCAGAACCCGAGGUACCGUCACCGUCCCAUUCCCGCUCGCCUUCCCCCACCCAGGCGGAACCGACUGUUGAAACAACUACUGUCUCUAAGAGUACCAAGGCAUCUCCCCAACCCCCCGAGGGCACCCGUCUAUCCGUUCCCAGACAUCGCAUCAUAGCCCGCCCUCCCAUCAUACCUUUUUCCGACCGACGCCUAGGGAAAGACCCGACUGCCGUAGUCGACUAUUGGGAGUCCGUCAAAGUACGGUACAGACCCGAAGCCGGCGACGCUCGCAUCAAAUGUCCCGUGGACGUCUGCAACCGCGCUUUCGUCAAUCUCGAGAUCACUGAACGUCAUAUCGACACUUUGGCCGCUCAUUAUAGAGCCCGAGCUGCAGCGGGUGAAGACAACUCGGAGGACGUGCUUUCCUGGCUGCACUUCGAGCUGCAAGAGGACCCCGUCUUCGUUUCUCACAGGAUAAGCAAGCAGAAGGCGGCAAGCUCUGCGGCGUUCCGGUGUCAUCGCUGCGGCACUGCGUAUUCACGCGGGGAUGCGCUGAGGCGGCACCUGAACUCACUGCAGGCCUGCAAAGCUCUGAAGAUCUGA